CUUAAAAGUCAACAAAUCGAAGACACUCUAAUCGUAAAGCUCAAUGUGUUUCAGUGUUUUGAUCGGCUUCAAGCAUCUGGCUGAUAGAUUGUUGUAACUUGUAAUGAAAUGAAACCGCCCCGUACUUUAAAUUUUUACAAAUAUCGCAUCUUUACCCUCCUCCUUCAAUAUGUUAUGCACCUGCAAGAUGCGCCUAAAAAUCAACAUUUUCUCCGAUGUUCUUAGACGUGAAUUCUAUCCACUUUCAUUUCCCUUCACCCGCCAACUUACUUCUUCUUCUUCUUCUUCUUCUUCUUCUUCUAUCCCACAAGAGUUAUCAACCAAUUUACAGAUUUUGUGUUCCAAUGGUGACCUCAACUAUGCCCUGACAGAUAUGUCCAGAUUAGGCCUUCAAAUAAAUUUCCAAGAGUACGACACUCUUUUAAAUGAGUGUGUAAGACAGAAAUCUCUGAGAGGUGGUCAGAGGGUUCAUGCCCACAUGAUCAAAACUCAGUACAAACCGCCCGUGUAUCUUGGAACAAGGUUGCUUGUUUUGUACAAUAAAUGUGAUUAUUUAUCGGAUGCUCGACAGGUGUUUGAUGAAAUGCCUGAUAGGAAUGUGGUUUCCUGGACAGGUUUGAUGUCAGCUUAUUCGAAGAGAGGGUACACCUCUGAAGCAUUGAAUCUUCUUGUGAGGAUGUUACAAUCAGGUACUGAGCCAAAUGAGCACACGUUUUCAACUGCCCUCACUUGUUGCACCGGAGUUUAUGGGCUUGAGCAUGGAAGACAAAUCCACAAUCUUACAAUCAAAAACAAUUUUGAAUCUCAUUUAUAUGUCGGAUCUUCCCUCCUUGAUAUGUAUGCUAAGGCUGGUGAAAUCCAUGAAGCCCGUCUUGUUUUUGAAGACCUACCAGAAAGAGAUGUUGUUUGUUGCACAGCCAUUAUCUCAGGCUAUGCCCAAUUGGGUCUUGAUGAAGACGCCUUGAAGCUGUUCCAUAGGUUUCAGAAGGAAGGAAUGGCUUCAAACUAUGUUACCUACGCUAGUGUUUUAACUGCAGUAUCUGGACUUGCAGCAUAUGAAACAGGUAGGCAAAUUCACAGUCAUGUCCUUCGGUCUAAACUUCCCUUCUAUGUGAUUCUUGAAAACUCUCUGAUUGACAUGUACACGAAAUGUGGUCAACUAAGUUACGCAAGAAGGGUGUUCGAUAAAAUGUCUGAAAGAAGCGUUAUUUCAUGGAACGCGAUGCUUGUGGGAUACAGUAAACAUGGAAUGGGUAGAGAAGUGGCUAAGCUUUUUGAACUCAUGAGGAAAGAAAACCAAGUGAAACCGGAUAAAGUUACAUUCUUGGCUAUAUUAUCAGGUUGUAGUCACGGAGAGAUGGAAAAUAAAGGGUUACAAGUGUUUGAUGAAAUGCUUACAGAAAAAGACGGUGUUGUCCCUGAUAUUGAACAUUAUGGAUGUGUAGUUGACUUGUUAGGUCGUUCAGGUAAAGUAGAAAAAGCAUUUGAAUUUAUUAAAAAUAUGCCUCUUGAGCCAAAUGCUGCCAUUUUGGGUUCUUUAUUGGGGGCUUGUUUGGUGCAUUCAAAUGUUGAUAUUGGUGAAAUUGUUGGUAAUCGGUUAUUAGAAAUAGAGCCUGAAAAUCCUGGGAAUUAUGUGAUUCUUUCUAAUUUAUUUGCUUCUAAAGGGAGAUGGGAUGAUGUGAGAAUGAUAAGAAAUUUGAUGAGUUUAAAGGCUGUGGCAAAAGAUCCAGGAAAAAGUUGGAUUGAAAUUGAUCAAACACUUCAUACGUUUCAUUCAGGGGAUCAAUCACACCCCAAAAUGGAGGUGGUUUAUGGUAAAAUGAAAGAGUUAUUAGUAAAACUUAAAGAAAACGGAUAUUUUCCUGAUUUGAGUCGUGUUUUAUAUGAUGUGGAUGAUGAACAGAAAGAGAAGAUAGUUUUAGGACAUAGUGAAAAAUUGGCAUUGGCAUUUGGGUUGAUUUUUAGUCCUAAAGGGAAGGCGAUUAGGAUCAUGAAGAAUCUUCGGGUGUGUGUUGAUUGUCAUAAUUUUGCAAAAGUUGUGUCUCGAGUUUGUGAAAGGGAAGUGUUUAUGAGGGAUAAAAAUCGGUUUCAUCAUAUUGUUAAUGGUGUUUGUUCAUGUGGAGAUUAUUGGUAAAAUGAAUAUAGUUUGUGGUUGCUCUUAUUAUGAAAA